AUGUCCAUUGACACUGGAAUGCCCUGCAAAGCUGAUUUUGUAGUUAUAAAUGGAGAUGGCAGAAGUCUCCUCUGCAGAGAAACAGCAGUGAAACUUGGUUUGCUACGACUUGGGCCUAGCCAUGCCGUUAAUGCUGUCAAUACAGAAGCUGAUAUCAAAGAAAAGUACAAAGAACUUUUCAGCGGAGUUGGCCUUCCUAGGGAUUACGAGUUGAAGUUAAAUAUCUAUGAUUCGGUGAAGCCGGUGGCGCAGCCAGUCCGCAGGAUUCCAUUCGGUGUACGAGAGAAAGUCGAAAGAAAGCUAGAUGAAUUUUUGGAGAGUGGAAUUAUAGAGGAGGUCCCUGAAGGACCAACAGGGUGGGUAUCACCACUUGUGGUUAUACCCAAGGCAGACGGAAAUAUCAGGAUUUGUGUAGAAAUGAGGUGUGCCAAUCAGGCAAUAGUGAGGGAACGUCAGCCUAUCCCUACAAUAGAGGAGGUGCUUCAAGAUCUUAAUGGUAGCACAGUAUUCAGUCGUGUAGAUCUGAAGUGGGGAAUUCAUCAGAUACUUCUAGCUGAGGAGAAUAGACAUGUGUCAACGUUCGUGACUCACCGUGGUCUCUAUAGAUAUACCCGACUCAUGUUUGGUGUCACCUCAGCACCUGAAAAGUACCAAAAAAUCAUCCGGGACGUAUUGCGAGGCUGGGAAGGCGUGGCUAAUAUAGCAGAUGACCUAAUAAUUCACGGACAAGGGGAGGAGCAGCAUGAUAAGAGGCUCUUGGCUGUGCUUGAUCGAUUGAGGGCAACAGGUCUUACUCUGAACAAAGACAAAUGUGAAUUCAGAUUACCCAGGUUGACAUUUUUAGGUCACGAAGUAACACAGACCGGUAUAGAACCCAGUGAAGAGAAAGUCGCAGCAAUCAGACAGGCAGGUCCUCCACAGAAUGUUAGAGAAGCCAGAUCUUUCCUCGGUCUUGCCCAGUUUGUGUCUAAGUUUGUCCAAGAUCUGUCAUCCAUUGCAGAACCCAUUCAGAGGUUAACCCACAAGAAUACUGAGUUCAAAUGGGGCAAAGAACAACAGUUGGCAUUCGAGAAGUUAAAAGAGCUGAUCACACACGCGGAUGUCCUAGCUUACUUCAAUGUAAACUGCAGAACAAGAAUUGUGGCAGAUGCGUCACCGGUGGGGCUUGGAGCUGUUUUAACCCAGCUACAUGGAAGUGAGUGGCGUCUGAUUGGGUAUGCUUCGCGACGCCUGUCUGAUGUGGAGCGGCGAUACAGCCAAAGAGAGAAAGAGGCCUUAGCCCUGGUAUGUGCUUGCGAACGCUUUAACAUGUAUGUUUUCGGCAGGGAGUUUGAGCUUGAGACGGAUCAUAAGCCGCUGGAGUACAUCUAUUCACAGAAAUCGAAGCCUUCUGCCCGUGUGGAAAGGUGGGUCCUUCGCCUACAGGCCUAUCACUUUAAGGUCGUUUACAGACCAGGCAAGACCAAUAUCGCAGAUGCCUUGUCUAGGCUAAAUUUUGGGUUCCAAAGUAAUGACGGAGAAGAUUAUGACUUUGUGCAUGCUGUGGUUGAGAAUAGUGUUCCUUGUGCUUUGACACCUGCUGAAAUAGAAAGAGGCUCAGCUGAGGAUAUGGAGCUGAACCUCAUCAAAGAAUGUGUCCAAACAGGAGAUUGGAGUCAGUGCAAUGUACCUACAUACCUGCAUGUGAAGAAUGAAUUAUGUACGUAUGGUGGGCUGCUUUUACGGGGUUCCAGGCUAGUGAUUCCCCGAGAAUUGCGACCGCGUGUUUUGGAGUUGGCCUACGAGGGACAUCAGGGUAUUGUUACAACAAAAUGUAGACUGCGCAGUAAAGUAUGGUGGCCCAAGAUGGAUGCUGAUGCAGAGAAGCUGUGCAGGAGUUGCCAUGGUUGUCAAGUGGUCAGUGAAUAUGCUCCCCCAGAGCCUACGGCUCGAGCUUUUCCUCCCAGUAGCCCUUGGGAAGAUUGUGCAGCUGAAUUUCUGGGUCCCUUACCUUCAGGGGAAAGUUUACUGGUGGUGGUAGACUAUUUUAGUAGAUAUUUUGAAGUGGUUAUUUUGAGGUCAAUUUCUAGCACAAGACUCAUUGAAGCUCUCAAACCAAUAUUUGCUCGGUUUGGAGUGCCGCAUACACUCAAGACUGACAAUGGGCCUCAACUGGUAUCUGAAGAGUUUGAAGCCUUCCUUGCAGAAAAUGGGAUAGAACACCGAACAACAACUCCCCUGUGGCCGCAGGCCAGUGGGGAAGUAGAGCGUCAAAAUCGCACAUUGAUGAAGUCAGUCCAGUUAGCUCACAUUGAGGGGAAAGAUUGGCGUCAAGAGUUACAGACAUUCCUAACCGCAUAUAGGUCAACUCCUCAGAUGACAACUGGGGCAACACCCUUCUACCUGAUGUUUGGAAGGGAAAUGCGGUCAAAGUUGCCAGACUUGCGAAGGGAGGCACCUAUCACUAAUGAGGAAGUCCGCGAUCGAGACUGGUCAAGGAAGUUAUCACAGAAAGAGUAUGUUGAUGCAAAGAGAAUUGCUGUUGCAAGUGAAGUGGAGGUUGGAGAUAAAGUACUCCUGAAGAACUCGAAGACUAACAAAUUGUCUCCAAACUAUGACCCAAAUCCUUGCGAAGUAAUAGACAGGAAAGGAGGAGAGGUAACAAUUAGAAGUACAGCCGGUGCCGAAUUUAAAAGAAAUGUCUCAUUUGUGAAAAAGUAUCAAGAGAAACCCUUGGAGGCGAAAGUCGAUAUUACUCCCGUCCAUCGAGAGCAAGAAGGAACAAACCAAACAGAGGUAGCAAAAGGGGAGGAUGAACUCCCAAGGCCAGGGCCAACUGGAUCAUCGAUGUCUGUUCAGCAGGCCACUGCCACUAUCCGAAGUCCACUUAACCAGAUAGUUUGUCCUAGGCCAGCUCGGAAUGUCAGACCGCCUAAACGAUUUGACGACUACGAACUUUCUAAGGGAUAA